AUGGGAUGGCAAGAUGACCACAUGUGGGUUAGUUUUCCCAAGAGCAAGACCGAUCAAACGGGCGAAAGGAAGGAACCAAAAUCUAUCUAUGCGAAUCCCAUUUGUCCAGAAAUAUGUCCUAUUCUUGCUCUUGGAAUUUAUCUACUCAGUCAUACACCAGACAGAAGCAAGCUCUUUCCAGGUAACGUAGCCAUUGAUGGAAGACGAUACGAAUAUCCUAUGAUACGCAAAGCUGUGUGUCGGGAAAUUACACGGCUAGGGAUGAACAGGGAGGAUAUUGGCACUCAUUCCAUCCGGAAGGGUGCAGCGACAUAUUGUACAAGCGGAUCUACACAUUGUCCA